GGAAUCUGUUGUUGACCCGGAGUCGGCGGCGGCAGCGGGAUGAAGCUCCUGCACAGUUUGGUUGUCCUGUUGACCCUGGGUGUCGUCAGCGCUGAUGCUGAGGACCUGUCCAGCCAUGUCUCAGAGGACACCCUGAAACAGCUGUCAGUCAGGGGUGAGAAGCUGGUGGAGGAGGAGAUGAGAAAAGCUCUGUUCGGGGUGAAACAGAUGAGGGAGGUGAUGUGGAGGAACCAGCUGAAACACCAGCACCUGAUGGAGUCUCUGAGACGCAGCGGUGACAAGAAGAAGGGGGCAGCACAGUUGGCUAUGGAGGUGACGGAAAAGCUGAAGGAAGCAGAGGAACAGUGUAAGGACUCUUUACAGUCAGAGUGGGAACAGUGCAGACCCUGCUUAGAGGAUGCAUGCAAAACCUUCUACACCUCCACCUGCAGGAGAGGUUUUGGAACGUUCCAAGCCAAGGUGGAGACAUUCUUCCAGAAGCUCUCCAGCAGAUUUGGCACCAACGAACCUCCAACUGACGGGGGAGACAUCCCGGUGACCCGCAGCACUGACACCACUGACACUGAGCUUGUCCACAUUGAGGAGUCCUUCCAUCGCUGGAUGGACCAGGUCAGCUUGGUGGUCAAUCGCAGCGUGGCCCUGGUGUCCAUGAUGAGCGGCCGACUGGACGACGUCCUCCAGAAAGCCUUCCUGAACUACAGCGAUGUUCUGACGGCACCGGAGGAGAGCACCUCCGACCCUUACUAUCCUGCACGAGACUCUGGCUUCCUGCAGGGCGUGGGUCUGGAUGAAGUGCUCAGCUCCUUCUUUGACUUUGGAAAGAGCGUGGUGGAGGAGUUUGGAGCUGUGGUGACCCAGGUGUUUGACGUCACACAGGAGGCGACACGAGAAGCAAAGAACAGAGGCAAGCAGAGUGUUCCCCGUUUCCUGCAGAACCAAAGGCUGUGCAGAGAUCUUCGUAAACAGACCUCCGAGUGUUGGCAGCUCCAGGACCAGUGUCAGCUCUGUCAGGGAGCUCUGCUCUCAGAGUGUCCCGGUGUACGUGAACUGCACAUGGAGCUGGAUGAAGUGUCCCAGCUGGUGCUGGUGUCCAGAGAGCAGUACGACGAGAUCCUGUCUAUCGUCAAGCGUCACGCCGAUGAAACGGUCAGCUGGCUCAGAGACAUGGCGGCUGAGUUCAGCUGGGUGGCUCCAGCUGAGAACGCAGCACCUGAGAACAUCUUCCAGAUCACCAAGAUGGCACCAGCAAACCAUGAUGAGCAGAAUCUGUCCAGCACCGAGACCAAGGUGGAGGUGAACAUCCUGAACUCUACACCUAUCCUGCUGUCUGUUCCUGGAGACCUGCAGAUGCAGGACCUGGCCUUCGUCCAGUACGUGGCUCAGGAGGCUCUGGACAAGUACAAGGGAAUGGUCAGGUGAGAUGUUCACUCAUGAACUACUUCUUAUGAUGUCAUCACUGUUGUUCAGCUCAAAGCUUGUCUCAUAUAAACAAACAUUUCUUUGCAGAUUUGAGGACCAAUAAUAAUUCAACACCUGGACCAGAACUCUCUCUGUAGAAUCAGCUGGACUGUCCUCCUGUGCAGUAGUGUUAUAUAUUGAUCACAUCCAUCAUUUAAAAAUGAUUUAUAGCAUUUACUGUUGAGUGUUGUAAAUAAAACCCAAACACAAAAAAAUCUAAAUACAACCGAUUCUAAUAAACGUUUCUUUAAAGAAACUGAAGAUGAUUGUU